GGGCACACGGCAAGGCGGUUCUGAGAAUGCACUAGGCUUGGUCUGUCCCUUGCCCCUUCCCCUCCCUACCCCCUCCGGACUCACGCUGCCGCUGUCAGUGUCAUUUCCCGUGCCACAGAAAGCAGACGAACGGUGAACGCCUCUGCCUCGGGGUAUGGUGUCGAAAGGGGAUUUAUAGUGACAGAAUUUGGAUCGUACGCGAAGGAAGGGCAAGAGGAGUGUGAUUGGAGGGGAAAAAAAGGCCUGAAGAUGUGGUGCGGGCGUGCGGGCGUGGUGGGCGUGGUGGGCGCCGCCUUGCUGCUCCUGGGGCUCACACAGAUCGUGUCGGGCAUCUAUUUCAUGCUCAUGAUGCCUAUUUUUCAACUGGGCUCCAACAUCUGGACGGGCACUUGGUCUAGCAUGUGUGGAACCGUCGUGGCCACUAUAGGAUGGACGGGCCAGACCAUGCGGCGGGGCCAGAUGGUGCUCGUGGCCACCCUCAGCGUCCUCGUGACUAAUGUGGCCAAUUUGGUUAUAAUUCAGGUCGGCGAGAACGGCGUGUUCCUGUCGGAGAGUGACGUCCGCGCCAUCGUCGGCAACAACCAGGAGACCACCAUGCUUAUAGCGUUCUGGCUCACCACCGUCGUCACGGCCAUGGGCAUCGUCGUCAGCUUCUUCGGCGCGCAGUACCUGUUCUGCGUGGUGGUUCGCGGCCCGAGGGUCAAGGGGCGCAUGCCGGUCACCAGGUCGCUCUCGGAGGAGGACCUGCAUCACCGCCAGGAAGGGGGUCCUGACGCGUCGCCGGCCAUCGAGGACGUGCUGGCGCUGCCCGACCCGGCCGGCUCGUCGGCCUGGGUCUACCAUCCCGAGGAAGAUAAGAACCCGACGGCCCUCUACCCGAUGGGGCUCGACCUCCUCUCGGACUUCCCCGACGGCAGCCGCCGCCCGCCCGCCCGCCACGCCUCUUUCGCCACGCCGCGCUACGCCCGCGUGCACCAUCGGCCGCAGCGCGCGCAGAGCUUCGCGGUGCGGCGCGACGCCAGCAUGCCCGACGUGUACCCGGCGCGGCCGAGCCCCGUCGUGUGCCCCGAGCUGCCGUUCAACACGCUGUCGUCGCAGUACGCGCGCCCCAACGCCCGCCGCAUCCACCGCUCCAACUCGGUGAGCGGCCGCCUCCUCCUGGGCGACGACGCGGGCGCCGCCACGCUCAGCCGCAAGUUCCACGCGUGCUCGCUCGACGACCUGGACGCGGCGCCCGUGAUCGAGGUGGGCACCUUCCCGCGCGACCGCAGCAUGUCCGAGCAGAGCCUCGUGUCCACGUUCCAGGAGUUCCCUCCCGGCGGGGGCCUCGCCGCGCAGAUCCACCGCACUGCCAGCGUGCAGGAGCGGCUGCUGGACGGCAAGAAGGUCCUCACGUCCUUCGGCCCCGUCAGCAGGCCGGUGGUGCGCGUCGUCAAGCCCAAGGGCCCGGCGCCCCCGCCCCCUAUCAAGCCCAAGCCCAGGCUGCAGACGACGCCCAUGAUCCACCAGGCGCAGCAGGAGUACGACGAGGCGCCGCACCCGGGCCUCGACGCCGCCACCGCCGCGCGUUGCGACGAGGAGACGCAGGCCUACGAGAGCACUCGCAUCUGCGCCGCAGAGAUCGCGCCGGAGCCGCCGGUGCGCACGGAGAGCCUGCUGCGCGACGCGCACCCGGGCAUCGCCAAGCGGGUCACGGCGCUAGAGCGCGCGCUGCCGCUUCCGGUCAUCGAGGAGAACAUCAAGAACACCCGCAAGCGGCCGGCGCCGCAGCCGCGGAACAUCCUCCCGCUGCACUCCGACGGCGAGUCCUCGCGGGAGGCGUCGCUUACGCGCCAGCAGGACCGGAGGCCCCCGAAGCCCGAGAGCGCGAAGCCGCCGCGGCCGGAGGUGCGGAAGCCGCCGCGGUCGUCGCUGCUGGAGAAGCCGCCGCGCCUCGCCGACAAGAACAUGAUGAUCGCGCGCCCGGGCCCCGCGGGCCACGCCGCCCCCGCCAAGCCUGAGCGCAAGCGCGCCGAGGGCGACAGCGCGGCCAACCUGCGGCGCCUGGAGGAGGUUCUCACGAACAUCCUGGACCACGGCGCGCCGCCGCUCCUGCGUGCCACCAAGUCGGACGAGAACAUCGCGGAGAGCGUGAAGGCGGCGGACGCGAAGGCGCCGAAGGGCAUCCUCAAGAAGGGCCCGAGGCCGCCCUCGAAGCCCAGCAAGUACGAGGUGGCGCACCGCGAGGCGCUCGAGGACUCGCGCGCGCUGCUCGAGCGGCUGCCGCGCGGGGAGCUGCAGCGCAACAAGAUCGUGCUGCGCGUGCCGUCCUUCCGCACGGCCGGAUGCCAGACCGAGGCGUACCGGCCGGUGCGCCGCCGCGCCUCCUGCGCACAGACCAACCUCAGCGUCGCGCCGCGGUACCGCACCGACACCGCGGCGCCGCCCGUCGCCAAGCCGCCGGCGCGGCGCCGGCCGAGCGCUGGGGCAAGGGCGGCCGGCGCGAGGAGUCCCAGGAGGCGGCGGCGACGGACGGGUCGUCGUCGUCGGGCUACUCGUCGCCCGAGGUGAGCAGCAAGGAGCCGUCGCCGCCGCACUCGGGGCCGCCGUCGCCCGCGUCGUCGUCGGCCGCGCCCAGCGACGAGGACGAGCGGCGCUGCGGCGACGCCAACGUCACCGUCAUG